ACCGAAAUUAAGGACUAACGCUAUGGAAGGAUUGUUUUUCAACAUCGAUUACGGAUACGUCGAGGGUGUGGUUCGUGGAUACCGUAACGGCUUGCUUGCCACCAACCAGUACUUGAACUUGACGCAGUGUGACAACUUGGAGGACUUGAAAUUGCAGUUGUCGUCCACCGACUACGGUAACUUUUUGGCCCAACACUCGGGACCUCUUUCAACAUCAAUCAUCCGAGACAACUUGUCCAAGAAGUUGUACCAGCAAUUCCAGUACUUGAAGCAGCAGUCUUCUGGACGCAUGGCCAAGUACUUGGACUUCAUCAGCUAUGGAUAUAUGAUAGAUAACGUCGCAUUGAUGAUCACGGGUACUGUCCAUGAAAGAGACAGACUGGAGAUUUUGUCCAAGUGUCACCCCUUGGGAUGGUUCGACACGUUGCCUACGUUAUCUGUGGCCACCGAUAUUGAGAGUUUGUACAACAUUGUAUUGGUGGACACUCCUUUGGCUCCAUUUUUCAAGGGAUGCUUAUCAGCCAACGACUUGGACGACUUGAACAUCGAGAUUAUUCGUAACCGGUUGUUCAAAAACUACUUGGAAGCAUUCAUCAAGUUUGUGGAGGCUGACUUUGGCAACCCUGACAAGGAAAUCAUGUUACGGUUGUUGAAUUUUGAGAGUGACAAGCGGGUGAUUAAUAUUGCCAUGAACUCCAUCAACAACUCUGACUUGACGGCCGAAGAUAAGUUGAGCAUGUUCCCCAGCUACGGCCAAUUGUACCCAGUUUACCACCAUCAGUUGUCCAAUAUCGACGAUAUUGAGCACUUGAAGACGGUGGUGACAUCGGUGGGCGAGUACAAAGAGUUGUUCAGUGAACAACAAGAUUCGAGUGGUAGCGCUCGCAACUUAGAAGACUGGUUCUACUACUUGGAAAUGCAAUAUUGCAAGAACGCUUUCACCCAGCAGUUCACGUUGCUGAGUAUUUGGGCAUGGUUACGGUCCAAAGAGCAGGAGAUCAGAAACGUCACUUGGAUAGCCGAGUGUAUUGCGCAGAACCAAAAGAACAGAAUCGACAACUAUAUUUCUGUGUACUAAUUAAAUAGCGUUUUUAGAACAAUUAAUCGUUUGUGCGAAUCCACUUGAUGAGAAUAUGACCAGCCAGGCGUCUUUUAGUGCUACCACUACCCACUUCACUCAUCUUCGGGACGUGGUGCUGGCUGCCAGUUCCAUAGAUCCCCAUGGUCUAGUCAUUGUCUCUGACCAAGGAUUGGUGUUCUUCUCGGAAAGUAAUCACAUUUUGAACUUCCAGGCCGUGGUGGAUGUAUCGCUUUUCAGUUCCUACCAAGUUGUACUACCACCGGGGAACAGUUCUACCCCCACUGAUAUACGGUUCGGGCUCGACCUAAGUCUCGUGGCCCAUGCACUUGACGUGUUGGUGCAAACAGAUAUUAUCUGUUACUUGAGCUAUAACGGUGAAGGCUCACCAUUUGUGUUGGAGUUUGAAGACAACAUUAUCAGUGAAACCAUUGAGUUUUUGACGAUGUACGUGGACAUUUCCUGUCCAUACGACUCAGAAGACGCGGAACACGAGCUACUUGCCAACUACAGCGAUUGGAAGUAUGAGCUUAUAUUGCAAAGUGCCAUAUUUUCUAAUCUUCUACAAGACUUACAACAGAUAAACACGCGUCAAGUCCACAUCGUGGUGAACAGUACACCAAAGAAGGAGUUGAGUUUCAUCUCUGACGGACCGCUCGGGCUUCUGAAAAUUAUAUAUCCUAGUGAAAGUUCUGUGCUUGAAAAACUUGAAAUCAGCACUGCUGCAAAAGCCAUUUCCACCUUUAAGUUUUCUAACUUUUUUAAGAUCAUGAAGGCAGUGAAGAUUUCUGCCAAAUCCAAGAUCAUAUGUGACAACAAUGAUAUUCUGUCGGUGCAAUUGUUGUGCCGGAGUGGUGGAAACUAUAGUGCUACUGUCAUCACCAUCAAUAUGUUGGAGCUCGAUGAGCAAGUGGACAUUGACGACUUGGAGAGGUGUUUUGCCGAAAAGGAGACGACUAAGAGAAGGAGGUUGAACGAUCCGGUCAACAAUAUAGUUGAAGAUGUACCGUUGUUCUUGUAAAGUAAGUCAGAAUUGUAAAUUAUGUACUAUAAUCUAAAGAUAAAUUAUCAUGGAUUAGUUAUUUUUAAAGAUAAAUUAUCAUGGAUCAGUUAUUUCUAAAGAUAACUGAUCUUAAACGCCAUCUUCAACGUCUCUUUCACGUUCUUCACAACAUCGAUCUUUUUGGCCCUAAGAAAUCGGUUGCCAAUUAUUACCACUAUCAACACAAAAAGUAUCAUCGGCGAGUUAUCUUUGAGCCACUUGCGACUGAAGUUGAGAUUAUACAAAAGCUUAUCCUUCAAAGUGUUCAAAUCACUUCCUGUCCCCC